AUGUCCGUGAAAUCGGAUCAUUCAUUUCGAGAUAGGACGCAUGAAUUUUUCUCUAUAGCCGAGAGGCUGAAGAAGUCGUUCCCUCCGCCCAAUACAUCGAACAACAGUGAAACGAAAUUAGAUGGAUCUCGAUCUGCCGUCUCCAUUCAGUCAGAGUUCAACAAAAGAGCUUCGAGAAUUGGACUUGCAAUUCACCAGACUUCUCAGAAGCUUUCAAAGCUUGCCAUGCGUAAGUCAAUGUUAGACGAUCAUCGUCACUUACGUUUUGAAUUAUUUUUUGUGUAUAGAUUCUACUCUUCUUUGAUUAUCAGUCAGUUUCCUCGUCGUAAGAAUAUUUUCCUCAAUUAUUAUAAGGUGUUCGUUGUCACCAUAACAGAAAGAGAAAUGAAGGGCUUAAACUCCCGCGAGAAUGAUAGAACAUUCGAGGUGUAUGUUUCUCAAAAAUUACAAUGGUGAUAAUCACUUUGUUCCAUGUAACUAACCUGGCAUUCGAUGGAGGGUAUAAAUCCUGUUCCAUUUUCUGUAAUCGCGCCCAAUUGUGACCUCAUAGUGGCUUAAGGAACAGCACUUACAUCUUAAUCUGAUAUGGUAUUAGUUGCAUAGUUUGGAGAUGACAUUGUUCCGACUCUGGUUCCAUUCAACAUUAUGAAAGAGAGAAAAGCAGCUUUAUGUUUCUACGUAUAAAAUAGCGAAGUGAAAAGUUCUCACAUGUCAGCUCAUUAUUUAUUAUCCUAUUAAUCAAAUCAUUUUCAGGUGCUACUACUUGUACUACUCGUUGCCUUCUUAUUUUAAUCUUUAUUUUCCUGUCUGUCAACUUAACAACCGGGUUUUGGAUCAUUGGGUUGAUUUGACAAAUUCCCUGAAAUUUCUUAUGAGGCUUAAUAUUUGACUCUGAUGUUGAAAGUAGUUGGUUUGUAUGUGUGUAGUUUCAUCACAAAUUGGAUGGAGUUGAAUUUUUCAUUCCAUAAUGUUGGAUGACUAGAUAUUCUGGAAUCUCCAAAAAUUUAAAUGAUAUUCUUAAGGAAGAUUGGAUCGUAUGACCCAUUCUAAACACUUUUCUGGACCUUAUGGAAAAGUGCAAUAUAUCUGAUGGCACAUUGAAAUACUGUGAUAUUUCUGUUCGCUUAGAUCGAUCCCCUCGCUCCUUGUUCUAUUGUCACUGGCUCAGCAACCCUUUUAAAAAAAUUGUGAAUGCGGUUAUUUCCAUGUUGUCUCCCUCUGGACAUCAAACCAAUGUUGGUAGUCGUCUCCAGCACAAAAUUGUGUUGAUAAUUACUCUUCUGUUGUGCAGAAAUGAAAUUGGCAUCUUCUUCGUGUAAUGUUAGAGUAUGUUUUAGAAUGGAAUCUCAUUCUACGAAAUGCUUGCGUACUGUCAACAUUUAUCUGUAGUGCAUUUUUUUCUAUAUGUGGAUUGAUAUUUCAUAUUCAACCCCAUCCAAUUUAUCAACACAAUUUACAUCAACGGGUAACCCAAUACUUCUUUGGCCCUCUAUCUGGAUAAAAACUCUUAUGAGAUGUUAUUUGAAUGCAGCUUUAGGAACAGUUCAUGCUGUUGUAACUAGAAAGCAGAUACAUAUCCUACCCACAUAGAUGGUCAAUUUAGUUUUGACUUUCAGCUGUGAUUGGUCCUUACUGGCGAGGGUUUGACAACCUGUGAUGUAACACAAUAUGGCAAGUUUCUGUAGGUGAAAAAGCUGGACUAGUUCUUCUGAGUUUGUGUGUACAGGUGAUGUGAUUGUGAUUAAGAAGAAGUUGAGUUGUGGAUGGACGAGCUAUAAAUAUGUGGCUUUGGGGCUAUAUUUCUGAAAGCAAGAUUUUCUGAGAGGGGAGAGAUUAAAACAAGGUUGUCUAACAUGAAAGCAAUAGCUCUCUUGCUCAGGGCUCUUAUACUGUGGUUGCUUGUGCUGUGAGUUUCCUGGGGCUUAGGUUCUGAUAGAAGGAAAUUUAUGCGUCUGGUUGUCAUCACGGAGAUGAGGGCUUUAUUAGUUCCCUUGGGUCAACUGUGGUCGUGGUUUCCAGGAAAUGGUACUAGAAAGCAACAGAUCUUGCAAAAUAUAUUCUAUAACAUUACGUGUGUGUAGGUUUGAUAUGAGAGAAAACAGAUGUCUUCUGGCUGUUUGGUUUAGUCGGCUUUACUAGGUGGAGGUUUCUCAUAAUCUUUCGGGUCCCACAAGAGGGAGAAGCUAGUAAAUAAUUUUAUUGUGGAGCGUUUCGCUUGUGGGACUACUCACCUGAUAUUGGUUGCCACUUCUUCAAGGAACGCUAUUCACACCGUUGUAGGCCAUGGGACGAGGGAGGAGACACCGUCGAACAUCUCUUCUUUGGUUCUCAGUAGCCCUUAAGCUAGGUAUAAUAUGGCAUUAAUAAACCCAGUCUGAUGAUAUUUGGCUAAGAUGAACUAACAGUAGAUAUGGAAAGCCGACUCCUAGCUUUGACGGGUUAUUUUGCUUUAACCCCCCCCCUCUGGGUCACUUGGGUGGGUUCAGGAAUAUGAACACGCAGAAUAUGAACAUAAUUGUCCAUUGUUGGGACUUUUGGAAGAGAAAACUCCAUGGUGGGUUAUGUGCCCUACCUCUCUCUCUCUCUCUCUCUCUCUAUCUCUCUCUCUUUGAUGCGCAGUGUAAUGGGUGAAAAUUGUCGAUAUACUCUCUUUCUCAAGGUCUUCUUCAUCUCUGUAACUCUCUUGCCGUGUCCUCUGUGUGUGCGUGAAGUGGCCAAGAAGACGGGCACCUACGACGACCCGGCUGUGGAGAUCCAAGAGAUGACGGCCGUGAUUAAGCAGGACAUCACCGCCCUGAACUCGGCCGUGGUGGACCUGCAGUUCCUCUGCAACACGCAGUACGAAAGUGGCGGCCUGACCGGGGACACCACGAGCCACUCCACCACCGUCGUUGACAGUCUCAAGAACCGCCUGAUGAGCACCACGAAGGAGUUCAAAGAAGUGUUGACCCUGCGGACCGAGGUAGAUCAACCCCUCGCCCGUCUCUGGGUAUUAUCCAUUCGCGCCGUCAUGACCUCCUCCUCUGUCUGCGGUCUUCUUCUGCAGAAAUUGAAGGUCCACGAGAACAGAAAGCAGCUCUUCUCCCGCAAGGACGCCACCAAUCCUUUCGCCCGUCAACGCCCGCUUGCCCCCCCUCCGUGGGCGAAUGGCCCCUCGUCCUCAUCCUCUGAGUCCUUUCUGAGGUAGCCCGUUAUAACUUUUAGAUAAUAACAGUCAGCUUUGAGAGAGAGAGAGAGAGAGAGAGAGAGAGAGGAUUAUCAUAUUCAGGAUUGGUUUUGAGGCCUUGGUCCUUCUUCGUGAACAGCCGGAGGCAUGUGAACGGCGAGACGUCGUCGUCGACACAGCCGCUGAUGCACCAGCAGCUGGUGCCGGUGCGAGACGAAUACAUGCAGAGCCGGGCCGAAGCCCUCCAAAGCGUCGAGUCAACCAUUCACGAGCUCAGCAGUAUCUUCACGCAGCUGGCCACCAUGGUCUCCCAGCAAGGAGAGCUCGCCAUUAGGUUCCCCCCCCCCUCUCUCUCUCUCUCUCUCCUCUUCUCUCUUUCUCUAUCUCUCUAUCUCUCUAUCUCUAUCUCUAUCUCUAAGUUGUGAGUGAACGAUGAUGUGGCAGGAUCGACGAGAACAUGGAGGACACGCUGGCAAACGUGGAGGGGGCCCAAGGGGCGCUGCUCAAGUACCUCAACGGCAUAUCCUCCAACCGGUGGCUGAUGAUCAAGAUCUUCUUCGUGCUGGUCGUCUUUCUCAUGAUCUUCCUCUUCUUCGUCGCGUAA